AUGCCUGAAAGUACUUCAACGUCGUCAUCCACUGUCCACUUUCCCAAAGUAUUGUGGGCGCAACAAAAGGACAGUAUUUUGUUAACCGUGGCUGUUCCCGAUAUCGAUAAAGUUGAUUGUAAAUUCGAAGAAGAUAGUUUAUAUUUCCAUGGACAAGCAUCGGAUAAAACAAACAUUAUUUAUGAAGUCAAAAUUGAUUUAUAUGAAAAAAUUGAUCCAUCAACUUCAAAAUAUGAUUUAAUCGGACAAAAGUUUUGGCGGAUACUAUUAAAAAAGAAAGAUGCUAAUUCGUCGUUUUGGCCUCGAUUAACAAAAGAUAAACAAAAAUUACAUUGGCUCCAGACAGAUUUUGAUCAUUGGGUUGACGAAAAUGAUGAAGAAGAGGAAGCUCCAAAUGGAAUGCCAGGCGGUAACAAUUUCGCUGAUAUGUUUGGAGGUGGAAUGCCAGGUAUGGGUGGUAUGGGUGGUAUGGGCGGUAUGCCGGGAAUGGGUGGUAUGCCUGGAAUGGGCGGAUCUGAUGAUGAAGAAGAUAUGGGAGAUGAGCACGAUUCAGAUGACGAAGAAUUUGGAGGUGACAAACCAACAACAGAAACAAGUGAACACGAUACUAAUUCAACGGUAGACGACAAAGACAUUUUAAGGGCUCGUACUGGGAAAGGUGACAAUAGUGAAACAAAAUCAUCAGAAUCAAAUGAACAUGUAAAAACAAGUGAAGAAGCGACAAAAGAACAUGCGGCAUAA